AUGUCCAAAGCAAUGAAAUACAAGAAGAGGCAGCGGUGUUUGCAGCAGCAGAAGCAACGGAAGCUGCUGGAGUGCUCCUCGUCUACUAAGAAAGAGGCUUCAACGGUUGUUGCUGUUGGAGGAGCUACCACCUCUGAACCGGCCUGUAGCUCUUCAGAAGAAGAAGAAGAAGAAGGCGACAAUAAGACAACAUCAUCAGUAGAGAAGUCAGUCAAGGGCAAAAAGAGGAGUAUUGAUGUUGCCCUUCAACCCUUUGACAGGACAGAUUAUAUGUGUUGUGUUGAAGAGGAACAAGGAGAAGAAACGGAUGUGGAUGAGAUAAUGCGUCGAUGUGACAAUGUUGAUUCUGAUUCUGGCACAGAAGAAGAAGAAGAAGACGACGACGACGAGGGUAAGAUGACAGCAUCAUUAAAGAAGUUAGUCGAGGACCUUGGCUGGACAGAUUAUCUGUGUAGCGGAGGCCGUGAUAAUUGGACAUGUAAAGGAUCCCACCCUAAUCGUUUGUUUCUUGAUGCUGAUAUUCGUAGGUAUUUAUCGCGAAAGUAA